AUGGCUCCUUCCCUGGCUCUCAAAGCCCUCGUGGCAUUAUGUUCGGCAUCCACUGUUUCCGCUUUCGGCGUUGGUACACAGCAGACGGAGACGCAUCCUAAGCUGCAGUGGAAGACGUGCACCGGAAAGGGAGGGACUAGCUGCUCCAAUGUCAGUGGUGAGAUCGUCGUCGACUCGAACUGGCGUUGGCUGCACACCACAAGUGGCACGACCAAUUGCUACACUGGAAACAAAUGGGACUCGUCCCUAUGCUCGACCAACGCGGCAUGUUCUUCGAACUGUGUUAUGGACGGAGCCGACUACAGUGGCACCUAUGGAAUUACCACUGGAACCGAUGCACUGACUCUCAAAUUCGUUACCAAGGGAUCAUACUCGACCAACAUCGGAUCGCGCACUUACCUGUUGCAGGACUCGAGCAAUUAUCAGAUGUUCAAGCUUCCUGGAAAUGAAUUCACCUUUGACGUAGACCUAUCGCAAUUGCCCUGCGGUCUCAAUGGUGCGCUCUACUUUGUGUCUAUGCCCCAGAAGGGCCAAGGUACCCCGGGUGCGAAGUACGGCACCGGAUACUGUGAUGCUCAAUGUGCGCGUGAUUUGAAGUUUGUCGGCGGAUCGGCCAAUGCUGAAGGCUGGGUUCCAUCAACCAAUGAUGAGAACAGCGGUGUUGGCAAAAAGGGUGCUUGCUGCGCCGAAAUGGAUGUCUGGGAGGCCAAUUCCAUCUCCACCGCCGUCACCCCGCACUCUUGCAGCCCGGAAGCCUACUCCGUCUGCACCGACACCGGCUGUGGAGGAACCUACUCGGCGGACCGCUAUGCUGGUAACUGUGAUGCGAAUGGAUGUGACUUCAACCCAUACCGUGUGGGCGUCAAAGACUUCUACGGUCCGGGCAAGACGGUCAACACCAACGCCAAGUUCACUGUCGUCACGCAGUUUUUGGGCUCUGGCAGUACCAUCUCAGAGAUCAAGCGCUUCUACGUCCAGAACGGCAAGGUUAUCCAGAAUCCUCAGCCUACAGUCACCGGUUUGACUGGUAACUCGAUCACGCAGGCGUGGUGCAAUGCCGAGGAGAAGGCGUUUGCGGAGGACCGGUAUCCGUUCAAUGAGCAUGGUGGAAUGGCCUCGAUGGGACGCGCUGGCGGCGCCGGCAUGGUCCUCGUCAUGUCACUUUGGGACGAUCACUACGCCAACAUGCUGUGGCUCGACAGCAAUUAUCCGACGGACCAGCCUGCCACUAAGCCUGGAGUAGCACGCGGCACCUGCUCGACCUCGUCAGGGGUUCCUGCCGACGUGGAAAAGAACACCCCGAAUGCUCAGGUGGUGUUCUCUGCGAUCAAAUUUGGGCCCAUUGGCUCGACAUUUGCGCAGCCUUCUGGGUCGUAG